ACUGCGCAUUUAAACCGGCGAUCAUUGAGAGACAACAUUUGCGUUCAUUUUAAAAAAGUGCGUUUAAAUUAAAAAGAAAAUGACGGAUUACCACAAAGACUCUCAAAAAGUUUAUCAUAAUUUGUGUGACUGAAUCAAACAGCAAUGAGUUUUGCUGCAUUUAAUGGGAAAGCAGCGGAGCUCAACGAGCGGGUGUUUAAAUUGCUGGAGUCUGUCUGUAUGCCUAUCAAAGAAAAAGGAACAACUCUUGUUUCACAAGGUAGUGUCCCCUUCUACGACACUUCUCUUGUUAUUCACAAAGCUGAAAAAACAUGGACGGAUGAUACCACAGCUGAAAAAAUAAAGGUACAGCUAGAGCAGCGAUAUCUACAUUACGCAAUAGUUCCCCAAGUGGCCUACUACAGAAAUGAAGAAACCGUCAGUUUUGUCUCACCAUAUUUCCGAGGAGGCAGCUUGGAGAAAGCAAUACAGAAAGAAACGGACAAGAUACAGGACAAACCGACUGCAAAACCACAGACGUUAGAUCUGAAUGAAAAGUUAAGAAUACUUUACCAAAUAUGCUGCGCCAUUAAUUAUCUUCACGAGCCACCAGACUGUGACAGAAAAGCUGUAACCCACGUCGACAUAAGCUUGAAAAGGGUUCUUUUGGAUGAACAAAAGAAUGCCCGAUUGUUAUUCUUCACACCCAGUUCUGUCGAAGGAGAUGAGAAGUUUACAAAUGACAAAUCUAAAGAUGUACAAGACUUCAUAACGGUGCUAUGCUCGGUCUUGAAAGACACUCCUGGACGAGAAGCUGAAAAACUAUCAAAGUAUGCCUCAGACAAGGAUGUGACACUGAAAAAGAUCUCAGACAAACUGGAGGGUCUUGUCGGAAGAAAUAACAUCGAUAGGUGGACGCGAUCCCAGGACGCUAAAAAGAAGUGUGAGAUUUGCUGUGUUAAUGAACCCGAGCCGUUUUGUAAUGAGCUUCAUCAUAGUUUAUCCUGUAAGACCAAAAUACAAAUGUGCGUUGGCUGUAUGAGAAACUGGCAAUACAAUGCUGUCAAGUGCCAUAGCUGUGAUCAAGCAAAAAUACAGUCCCCAGUCGGUGAUGGAUGGGGUGCUUUGCUUAUUGCUGGAACAGAUGAAGAAAACCCCUAUGCAACGAAACAAUUUGAAAACGAUAUAGCUAAAAUGGAAAAAAAUGUCAUAACAGACGUGACGGUGAUGGGUAUAAGAAAGGAAAAGGUCAUCACAGUGAAGAAGUCUACAACAAAUUACACAGAGCAACUUGAUAACGCGUUCCGCGAUAUCGAUACUCAAGGUAUAUCCACCCUCGUAUUAGUUUAUUCAGGACACCAUUUUGAUGCGCGAUUCAAUUUAGACUCUGGAAAAGAAAAUGAUGAGAAAUUAGUACGUAGAUUGAAAAAUUUGGUUAAUGUUAACAAAAUAGUUUUAUUUCUGGACUGCUGUUUUCCAGAAAGACUGAAUUUGAGCGGUAAGAUAGUUCUGCAGCUUAAUGCCGUUAAAAGCAGCGAGCAUGCUUUGUUUGAUACAGAAGGAAGUCAGUACAUAAAUGAAAUUGUUCAAGCAGUAACAAAGCCCUGGGAGUGUACGUGUUGCAAGAAUACAUCUAUUCUCGUAAAUUCUAACUUACAAGUCUAUUUGUCACGACACAUAAAGCGAUUCUUCCAUACAAAACCUUCCAACCAAACGGACACUGGACAGAAAAUUGACCAUAUCCUAGCGUUUAGACCGGUUGGGUCUGGAUGGCUGGAUGCCUUGGAAAAGAAAAUCUCUGAAAGCAGCCUCAUAGGAAAGUAAAUGACCAAGUACAUAGACUGAUAUAUAUAAUUACAUAAUACAUUAAGGUAUAGUAGAACACAACGUACGUUUGAAAUUCACAGAGUACACGAACCUGCUGUGUCUCAUUAAACAUAUUUCUCUGCUAUGUAUCAUAUCGCAACAUUACAAACCGAGACUUGCAACCCAUCCUUUUAGCCUCACUAAGCAUGACGUGCCUCAGGUGAGCUUUUGUGAUCGGUCUAUGUCCGGCAUCCGGUCUCCGUCAUGGAUCGUGUGUCGCCCUUAACAACUUGUCCUCCUAAACCGCUCUUAAAAUGUUGAUGAAAAUUCAAAAGGAUGUUCCAUGGGUGGCACCUUUUCAAUAUUUGUUAAAGGAAAUGAAGUCUAUACAUAACUCUGUUUGCCAUGGCAACCAACAGGAUAAACUUAAAAAAUACAAAAACCGUAAUGCCAAGAACCUAGGUAUUUGGCGUGUAACAUUGUCUAGUAAUUCCUUACCACGGUUAUUCUAUUCUAGACCAUUUGACAAACUCAAUCGGUGAAGGUAGGGAAAAUAGAGAACAUAGUGAUAAGACCAUUUGACAAACUCAAUCGCUGAAGGUAGGGAAACUAGAGACCAUUGUGAUAAGACCAUUUGACAAACUCAAUCGUUGAAGGUAGGGAAACUAGAGAACAUAGUGAUAAGACCAUUUGACAAACUCAAUCGCUGAUUUUAGAAAACGGCGAAAUACAAAACGCUAUCUACUACCAGCCAUUGACAACAUUCGAGAUAAGAGAAACUUAUGACCUGUGGUCAUAUAUUGAACUGUAUCAAACAUCUAUAGAAAAUUUAAUACUGAAUGAGACCGACAUUUCCCUGUCCUAGUUUAAGAAGCAGAUAGAUCACCUCUACAGCUUGCCCCGCCGAAUAAAGUGUACGGUGAGGGGAUCGUUUAGAUAUUGGUACACCAAUAAGGGAAAUACAUUGAAGAUGGUUAUUGGCAAUAUGAUGCUUGAUGAACGAUUUUCUGUACAUGAGGACAACAAUUAUUUUAAAAAGAAGACUUUCACUAUAAUGACUAGACAUUAAAUUAUAUAAAGGUAUUAUGAGAAGUCAGUGAAACUGAUGUACGAGUAACUGCGCAAACUAAAAGGUAGCAAACAAUUACUCCAUGAUACCGCGUAAACCUCAUCCCAGACCUUAAAACAAAUGUGUGUGUGUGUGUGUGUGUGUGUGCGUGCGUGCGUGCGUGCAUGCGUGCGUGCGUGCGUGUGUGUGGAUACGUGUAUGUCUUUGUGUGUUUAUUGUUCUUAAAAUAGAAUACAUGAGGUUUGUGACAUUUUUUUUGUCUUUUUUGCCUGAUCCCAUUCCGGCUUCUCCUUUGCUACAUGAAUGUUAAGUAUAGUUGAACAAAAAUAUACUUUGUAACAUAAUGUUAAAAGUAUGAUGUGAUGAGUACUUUAUUCAAUUUUAUUUAAAUUAAACGUGUUUAAAUUGUAUUGUUUAUAAAAUGAUUUUCUGCAUGUAUUGUAAUUGUAUGUUAUAAAAUAAAUUAGUAUUAUAUGACUCAAUAGUAUAACUUUUAGUAGCCAAAAUAUGUUCGUCAUCAUUUAUUCAAUGACUGUUAAUAUAGAAAUGUUUACAAACAGUCGUUAUACAGUUAUGGAAGCAUUAUCUUUUAUGCUGCUGUGCAUAGACUUAGAUUUAAGUUUGUGUUUUUUAGAAUGCCAUGAAAUAUAUAUAACAUAUUUUAUUUCAAUUUAAAACUUUGUUGUCAUUUUGUUUUGAUUUUUUGAAAUUGCAAGAAAUAGUUUGUAGAAUAGGAUAAAUCGAGUGAUAAAGGCGAAAAGGGUUUACCUGUUGCUAUUUUUAAGGUCACAUAUUAUAGUACAGUAAUAUUUCGUAGAUUUUAGUAAAUUGAGGAAUAAGGGAUAAAAAGGUAUAUCUGCUGCUUUAUUUUAGGUCAUUUACCUCAGUAUAUGUAAGGGUUUGUGAAGUAGAUUAAAUCGAGGGAUAAAUGCAAAAAGGGUAUAUCUGUUCCUUCGUUUUAGAACCCUUAAAAUCAGUCCAUCUAAUAGUUUGUAGAGUAGAGUAAAUCCAUGGAUAAAGGGGUCGAUCUGCUCCUUUAUUUAAGGUCGCUUACGUCAGUACGGCUUUCAUUCCCUUUACUAUUAUUUUGUGGUUGAGUUCUUAAAAUGUGCCGAGUAGUUUAAGAUGAAUGAAUGUUUUCUAAAAUGCAUUAUAUAUCAUUAUGUUCAUAUUAAUGUUUUAUUCAGUAUUUUUCUUUUCUAGUUUCUGUUUUUAUUGCCCAGGUGUUAAUUCCUACAAACAAUUAUAAAUGGCAUAUAUAUGUAUACUAUUCAAAUACAAACACAUCUACCAAAUAAUAUCAAUGUUAACAAAGAAAUAUUGAUCUAGCUCUUUGUAUGAAACAUCCUAUUAGCAUAUGGGACUUAUUUUCUAAAAAAAUAAAAAAAAUAUCUUAAGUGAAAUCGCUAUAAUGUAAUAACUCUUUAUAGAUUGUUCAUUUUCAGAAAGUGUUAUAUUGGUUGUUGUGUUUGUUGUAGUGCAAUAUACUAUUUGAACCUUCUUGUAAAUAUUUGGUGGAAGCGCGAAAAGUCAAUAAUGUAAUUUGAAACUUGUAUAUUUUACUAUAUGAUGCAUCAUUGUAUAAUGAACGAAUGGACAUGUCAAAGGGAACACUAAACAUUACACGUGUGCUAUUUUCACGUCAUGAAUUUUGUGUGUUAAACAACAUGAUGCAUCUUUGUAUAAUGAAAGAAUGAACAUGUAAUAUUUAGUACUAACGUUACUAGUACACUUUUUAACUGAAUGAAAUUUGUGUAUUAUACCACAUGAUGAAUUUUUGUAUAAACAGAGAAUAGGCAUGUAAUUUAUAAUCUUAAGCACAACAUUAUGUUAGUUUGUCUAAAUGAGACUUGUUUAUUUCACCACAUAAUGUAUAUUUGUAUAAACAAAGAGUGGGCAUGUAAUCUAUAUUUUUUAACAUAUAAUUAAGUGAGUUUAACUUAAUGAAAUUUGUAUAUUUUACCACAUGAUGUAUCUUUGUAUAAACAAAGAGUGGGCAUGUAAAAUAUAAUUACUAACGUAUACUUAUUAAGUGAGGAGUUUCACUUCAUGAAACUUUUGUAUUUUACCACAUGAUGUAUCUUUGUAUAAACAAAGAGUGGGCAUGUAAUCUAUAAUUGUUGACGUAUUAUUAAGCGAGUUUCUCAUCAUGAAACUUGUAUAUUUUACCACAUGAUGUAUCUUUGUAUAAAAAAGAGUGCGCAUGUUAACUAUUAUUCUUAAAACACCAUUAUAUCAGGACCAGUUCAUGAAAGGUAUGUUUUAUUCAACAAAAUGAAUACUUAUUUUUAGCAUGAAUUAUAUAAUCUUUAACAAAAAAUAGUGUUUGUUUCAAUUCAUGAUUUUCUUUUAGUUUACUAAAUGAUAUGGGGGGUAUUCUAAGCAAAUAGUGGGUAUGCGAUUUAUAUUCCUAAACGUACAGUUAUUAACGCUUUUCUUCAUGGAAAGUGAGUAUGUUACCACAGUAUGUAUCUUCUGUAAUGAGUACGUAUGAAAUAUGAAAUAAUGUUAGUAUCACUUCAUAAAAGUUGUGCAUUAUACCUCAUUGUGUAUCUUUAUAUAAACGAAGAGUGGGCAUGUACUUUGUAAUCCUUUUAACACAAUUAUAUUACUUUAACUCCAUGAAGUUGUAUAUUAUACCACAUGCCGUAUUUCCCUUAAACAGAGACUGAGCAUGUAAUUUAUCAUCCUAAUUACACAACUAUGUUUGUUUAACUAUAUGUAUCUUCUGUAAUGAGUACGUAUGAAAUUUAAAAUAAUGUUAGUAUCACUUCAUUAAAGUUGUGUAUUAUACCUAAUGAUGAUUGUGCAUCUUUGUAUAAACGAAAAGUGGGUUGUUUUUCAAAAUCCUUAAUACCCGACUAUGUUAGUUUGAUUCCGUGAAAUUGUGUAGUGUACCCCAUGACAUAUUUUUGCUUAAACAAAUUGUGGGCAUGUAAGUUAUAAUUCAUAAAGUACAACACUUUGCUAGUUUAACUCCAUAAAACUUGUGUUUUAUAACGAAUUAUGUUUUUUGUAUAUAUAUGGCGUUAUUUUCUACGUUAAUCUUAAGUGAGUGUGUUUUUUUUUCACUCGAAAUGUACAAAUUUAGUUAAUGCGUUUAACUCAUGUGUUUGACUAAUCAAAAUAUUGUAACUUUGAAUGGAACAUACUUGACUGAACGCAAAAACUUUAUAAAUUUAAUGGUGGUUCAUGGCUUAAAUUAUUUUUUUUAUUAUUUUUUUGGUCCACAUGAAACCAAAUUAGAAAUGGUUUUUAUUGAAUUGAAUUAUAUUUAAUUAUAAAGUCAAACCACAUGACAUAACAUGACAUAACAAGUUAUUAAUGGUGUUGGAAUAGAUUGGCUCUUGGGAAAUAUUGCAAAUGUGAAUUGAAUAGUUCGAUGUACUAUUAAUUUAAAUGCUAAAAUAUUUAUUUCGAGUGUAUCUCUUAAAAAAAUCUAAAAGGAACACAGUUAUAACAAAUGUUAGUGUUUUUUUCGACAUGCAAUCUAAAAUGAAAUGGUAAUAUAUCAAAUGUGUAUGUUUUUGUGAUAUGUAGUGUAAAAUGGAAUCUUUUUGGUAAUAUAUCAAAUGUGUAUGUUUUAUUGAUAUGUCAUGUAAAAUGGAAUGGAAAUAUAUCUAGUGUGUAUGUUUUUGUGAUGUGCAAUGUGAAAUUGAUAUGUAAUCUAUCAAAUGUGUAUGUUUUUGGUUCCAUUAUUUAUAUUAAAAUUUGUUCAGAAUUAUUCAAAGGAAGUUAUAUAGUUGUCAUGCUGUCGUAACGCUUUUAAUAGUGUAUGUUAACAAAAUUAUUGAACAAUUAAACAUAAUGUAUGUCAUGCAUUGUCAUCCAUUUUGCUUGUAAUUAUUGCUAAUAAAUAUUCGCACUC